GUUGUAAGCAAGAUGUAUCACCGUCCCGUCAUCCUCUUCCUGGUACGAGGAGCGCGGUGACACUUAUCACCUCGUUUGGGUGGCAAAAACAAGCGGCUCCAGCGACUGUUUUUGGCAAAUGUCACGUCGCGGGUUUCAGGUGGGGAGGAGAAGCAGCCGCCAAACACGGUGUUGACGUCGGGCCGUCGGAACCGGAGUUGGGGAGCUUCGUCCGCACGAGGAACGCCGUGUUAGUUUGCAAUGAGGGCGCGCGCGAGACGAGGUGAAUGAAAGUCGUUUCUGUCGUCUUCUAAAAGUUCGUUUCACUGCCAGAACAAAAUGAGGUUUCGGCUGCUCAAACGGAACCUGCUCGCGCUGUUGGGUGUUUCCGUUGUCGUCGUGACUCUCCUGCUUACCACGCGCGUGUUAUUGGUUCCCGACAAUGACACGAGCGGACCCAACACCGACGCCGGUGUGAUUCGUCGGUUAGUGAACGGCGGCGACGCCGCGGCGAACUUCGACUUCAGUUCGCUCGCGGAGUUGACGAAGUCCGUUUUCAACGCCAAUUACAAGCAGUGCGUGCGCAACGCGGACGCGUUCCCAGGGGAGCCUCGACUGGUGCUUGUUGUGCAGGUCCACAACAGGCCCGAAUACCUCCGGCUGCUCAUCAGGUCACUGCAGAAAGCCGCGGAGGUCCACGGCUUCCUCCUUAUCUUCAGCCAUGACUAUUUUUCACAGGAAAUAAACACCAUUGUGCAAGAGAUAACUUUCUGCAAAGUGCUGCAGAUUUAUUUCCCCUUCAGCACCCAGCUGUAUCCUGGCGAGUUUCCUGGGAAGGACCCGCGGGACUGCCCCCGCGACGCAUCCAAGGACGACGCUUUGAAAACAGGAUGCCUCAACGCAGCGCACCCGGACUCCUACGGGCACUACAGGGAGGCCUUCAUCACUCAGACCAAACACCACUGGUGGUGGAAGCUGCACUUCGUGUGGGAGCGGGUGGCGGUGUUGCAGGGCUACGGCGGCUUUGUGAUCUUCCUGGAGGAGGACAACUACAUCUUGCCGGACUUCUUCCAUUACUAUAAAUCAAUGAUAGAGUUCAGGAGGAACAGCUGCCCGGACUGCGACAUGCUGGCGUUGGGAAACCACAACGGCCUGGCUGAUUUCACCGCGCUGUCCAAUAAGGUGAUGACAACUGGGUGGAUGUCCACGAAACACAACAUUGGUAUGGCCAUCUCCCGGCAGGUGUACUACAAGCUGAUGGGCUGCAACAACGAGUACUGCACCUACGACGAUUACAACUGGGACUGGACCCUGCAGCACCUGUCUGGAACCUGCAUAUCGAAGCCCAUCAAAGUGCUGGCGGCGAAGGGCUCCAGGGUCCUCCACACGGGGGACUGCGGCCUCCACCAGAAGGAAGACUGCAGGCCGGAGUGGGCGUCGCAAAAGGCGGAGGAGGACCUCGCCGCGGCCAAGGACGGCCUCUUCCCGCCGUCUCUUGCGCUCGGCAGCGCGGAGACGGCGGAGCACAAGCCGCACAUCAAGAACGGAGGGUGGGGGGACGUUCGAGACCACAUUCUAUGCAAUAAUUACGCCAAACGCCUUUGAGACGUGCCCAUUGGACGGGCCACUCCUCCGGGUUCCAGAGGAUCGGGUGGGAGGUAUUCAAAGAACUCGGACCAAAAAAAACAAAUCCAAAAGGGCUGCACUGCCACAGCUAGACUUCCGCAUUAGUUCUUUCUUCUUUUUUAAAGUCUUUUAUUUUGAAUCACCAAAGCUGCACAGUUGCCAAAGACUCCCUCAAAAUGUGUGUUCAUAAUAAUGCAAGCUCGGUCAUGUCGUUCAAUUUCUUGCCACCUGCUCCGUUUGUCUCUGGGUGGCUUCCCAGCCAAACAUUAGAUUAGAUGUGUGGCACAGCGAUGGGAAACACGAGUCAACUAUAUCAGAAUGUACACAAACGCGUUGACGUUUACAUUUGUGGGAAUUUUAUUAAUUUACUGGGAUCAAUUGCACACAGGAUGUUGUUUGUUUACUAGAAGAUGUAUGUGUUGGUGUGUGUGAAUGAAUUGCCAUUUUUUUUAAUGAAGUGCAAUGCAUUUUACGUGUAGUUUUAAAAUUUUUUUUGGUACGAUUUUUAAGUGCAACAACAAAAGGGCACAUGCACUGUACAGACUUCAGAGUUUAACACAAGUAUGACUUUUAUUAUUUCCUGCACAUAAUGGAAUGUGUGUUACUGAAUGCAAGCUUGACCAUCACCAGGGAUGUUUCUUUUUGAGGCGAGGUCAGCUGACACCACUCACUUAUCUAGUCUGCUACUCCCCACCUGUAUCGACCCCUGAUUUACGACGAAGAGAUCUAGCUUGAUAUUGAUUUUUUUCUUUUUUCUUCUUCCUCUCCUUUUUGAUCUGGACUCGCUAUAUUUGCUUUCUGAUAAGUGGAAAGUGACCCUUUGGAGUCUCGUUCGAGGUCUUCCGCUCCGCAAACAUCAGGGGAGCAUCUGUGAUUCCACAUUUCUGUAUUUGCACCUUCUUUUGUUCGAACAUUAUUUGGGGAUUUACGUUUUUUGUUGUUGCACAAUCAUAGUGUGUGGAACUGAAGAAAAUGUGAUAAAGUUGCCUCUUUACAGUGUAAAACUGAGAAAAUUAACACGCAUUGCCUUAAAUCUGACCAACAGUGCCUUUUUUUUUUUUUCAAGUGUCUCCUUUGUUUAAAAUAGAUUGUUAAAGGUGCACUGAUGACGUGUCAGUGCUGGGGACUUGUCGUUCAACAACAAAUAUUUAUAUAUAUAUUUUGUUAGUUGUGAGAGGUGGACAAGAUGGAAUGUGAAUGGUCAUUUCAAAAACACCUUCAUAGUCUAAUUAGCAUAAAUUAUUGCAUCACUUUUAGAUCUUCUUGAUUUUAUCGGUUCACCUCAGCGUGCCUUACGGAGAUUCCUGUUAAAGAAAUAUGAAGUGAAUGUGACGAAAUAAAUGGAUCUUCUAUUGUAUAUUGAAAAGCACAAUUCAUUUUAAUAACAAUGCCAAGCGUGUUUGUUUGUUGAUACUGUAGUUGGUUGAGAACAAGACCAACUUAGUUUUAUUUUAUUUUUUGCUAGCAUGUUGCCUUUUUCUUUCUGAUAAUCACUUGAAAUAUCUGUGUUCACGUAAUGUUUGCCAAAUGGGGAGAACAAAAUAAAAGGCAGAAUUUU